AUGAGCCUGACCUCGCGAGUGUUCGGGCUGUUCUCGACAACAGCGAAUUCCGACCCAGCGACCACCUCUUCAACCGACUUGUCCACUUCCACUACCCACGUCCCACCUUCGUCCAUACCCGGUCACAAGAAUGAGGUGACCUCCGGCGCAUCCCGAUAUGCCCAGAGCAGCGUGAUGUUGGAGGAAGAAGAACCCCGUCCGCCAUAUCUUCAUGCGAUGCUGGCAGGUGGAAUCGGAGGCUCAUGUGGCGACAUGCUGAUGCAUUCAUUGGAUACGGUUAAGACCAGGCAGCAGGGCGAUCCGACCUUCCCACCCAAGUACACGUCGAUGGCCUCGUCAUAUUCAACCAUCUAUCGCCAAGAAGGAUUAGUUCGAGGUCUAUACAGUGGCGUGACGCCCGCUUUCUGGGGCUCCUUCCCAGGCACCGUGAUCUUCUUCGGAGUCUACGAAUUCACAAAACGAUUGAUGUUGGAUUCGGGGAUCAACCCCAGCCUUGCGUAUCUUUCCGGUGGUUUCUUCGCAGAUUUGGCUGCUUCGGUGGUUUACGUUCCGUCCGAGGUUCUCAAGACCCGACUUCAACUGCAAGGCCGAUACAACAACCCCCACUUCAAUUCGGGAUACAACUAUCGCAGCACGGGCGAUGCCCUCCGAACCAUUGUCCGCCAGGAGGGCUUUCCCGCCCUCUUCCACGGCUACAAGGCCACCAUCUUCCGCGACCUACCUUUCUCCGCGCUUCAAUUCGCUUUCUACGAACAGGAGCAAACUAUGGCCAAGGAGUGGGUUGGCAAGCGAGAUAUUGGUUUAGGACUGGAGAUUGCGACUGCCGCUACUGCCGGUGGUAUGGCUGGAGUGAUCACCUGUCCCUUGGAUGUGGUCAAGACCCGCAUCCAAACGCAAAAGAAUAUCCCAGAGAGCUCCUCGAGUUCAUCGGGUGCGAAACACUCCCACGACCACGCACCCAAGGAAAGUCCUCGACCGCACGCGCCAGGUUCAUCACAUUCCCAAAGUUCACGCUCACACUCCCGACCGAUUUCGACCUCCUCCCCUUCAACCUCGGUGGUACCCCCUGGGGCUCCUCGAUUAGAUACAUCGUCUGUGUUCACCGGGUUGAAAAUGAUCUACCGAACCGAGGGACUUGCGGGGUGGUUCCGGGGCGUGGGCCCACGCGGUGUGUGGACCAGUAUCCAGAGCGGGACUAUGCUGGUCAUGUACCAGUAUCUGCUCAAACAACUCGAGACAUACCACGGCGUAGAGGACUGGUCUCCUCUGUGA